ACUCUCGUUAGGGGCGCACGUGCCUAUCGCGCGCUUUUGACUUUCCGGAACACGUGACGAUCAAAGUUAAAAGUUUAUUUAUUUCUUUAUUUAAAACGUAUUUACGUGUUUUAUUGUUUUUAGUGAGCAUUCCAAUGUGAUUGUGAAGUUCAACUCGGGAAUGUGUGUUUGGUGAUUUUUUUAUCUCUUAUUUUGGGAAAGCAUUAAGAUUAUAAAGACGAGGCUUUCUACCAUCUGGCUACGUAAAGUUCUGAAUUACUUUGGCCACAUUGCCUGAAAAGAUGACGGCAACUUGGAGAAGCUAAUGGUGACUGGCAAGAUGGACGGAAGUAGACCAUGAGAAAAUCUCACUACCCAACAUGAGUAGACUUCUGUAGACUAUUCAGGCGGCUGGCUAUGGUUCGUUCUGAUGGAGAUUUCGACUGACGAAUGAAGGAAGCGAACGGGAGCAUGGUUGGACCGUAGGAUGCGUCUCGUGUCGACGCUACUAUACGCAACGCUGCUUCUGUGCACUCGGGUUUGCGCCUUCAUACCCGGUAUUGACGGUCCCCUCUCACACCAAGAAGCACUUGAAGGUGGAAACACAACAUUCCUCUGCGACACAACCCCUGACUCCUCGGGAGAUGAGUUCAUGAUAUUAGUCUGGUACAAAAACAACAUUCCCAUCUACAGCUUCGAGAUCCCCGAUCGGGAAUGGGCGGACUCCACGUUCAACGCGACAGGUCGGAUGUCGGCGGACGUCCGCAGCCAACCGACAGCCAUCACGGUGUCUGUACUCACAGAAGAUGACCAGGCCGUCUAUCACUGCAGAGUAGACUUCAGAUUGUCUCCAACGCGCAACAUCGGCGUUAACUUGACCGUUGUUGUACUGCCAAGUCCUCCGUUUUUCAUGGACGAGCUUGACAAUAAAGUAGAGCGCACAGUCGGCACUUACCACGAAGGCGACACUCUGGUACUGAAGUGUCUGGUGAUUGGAGGUCGCCCUCCACCCCGAUUGAGCUGGUAUUCUGGUAGCAACUUGGUAGACGCAUCUGAUGCAGACAGUGACAUUCCCUCGGUGAGGGAAAAUGAGCUUUAUCUGCCUUUGACACGGGCCAACGCGGGUUCGAUAUCCUGCAGAGCCAGUAACACGAAUUUAGCGCCACCUGUUGAGUCUAAGCUGGAUAUUGAACUAUAUUUGCCGGCGUACAACGUGUCCAUCCACUGGGUGUGGGGCACGGCGGACGGCGUGCUGCGUGCGGGGCACCCCGUGUUGGCCCAGUGCACCGCGCCCGGCUCCUACCCGCAGCCCGACCUGUCCUGGUGGCUGGACCAGAAGCACUUGACGCGACAUAGCAAUCAGAGUUGGGUGAGCUCAUCCAGCACGGCGAUAUCGUAUCUCGAGCUACAUCCGUCGGUGGGCGACGACGGCGCUACGUUAGCGUGCGUAGCCACCAACCACGCGAUGGCUCCCAGUCGAAACUCCAAGGCUGAUGUCAUCACCCUUAACGUCACAUAUAGUCCAUUACUAGAGGUAGUUAGAGUGGGUGACGGUAAACUGAAUGAGGUGGUCGAAUUGGAUCCUCUGCACUUGGAAUGCGAGGUCAAAGCAAAUCCGCCGGCGUACAAAUUUAUAUGGUAUUUUAAUGAUAGUGAAAUAAAAUCGAAUAGCGUGUGGGGGGAGAAUGUUACCAGCCAAGUAUUGUACGUUGAGGAAGCGACCAGGGAACACGCCGGCCGAUAUUCGUGUGUCGCCGUCAACUCUAUCGGCGAAACUAGAGCCGAAAGCUUCACUGUGACCGUGCUUUACCCACCGGAAUGCUCCCACCACGGGAUAAGAUUAGUUAAAGAAGCUUUAAGCUGCAACGUCAAGGCCUUACCGGCGCCAGACACGUACCUGUGGCAUAUAGAGCCUUCGGAUUCGCUGGAGCAGCGCCUCACGACCGGCUCUCGUCUUCUACCUCUCGACCAGAUCACGGGCUCCCUUGAUAGAAGCUUGAAGGCUAGUUGCGAAGCGAGCAACGGUAUAGCCUCGCAGGAACGUGCCUGUGAGAGGACCUUCUCCUUCGAGCAGCUGAGGCCGCGACAGCCUCAGCAGUGCGAUCUCGCGUUUGAACACGGCGAGUUCCACAUUAGAUGUGUCCCAGUCGAAAACGCAACGUAUUACGAAGUGUCUGUAUGGAAACUAUCGACGAGUAACAGCUCUUUAGUCCUCGAGAAACGUGCCCCGAUGGGCUUUGGGUCCAGUCAGGCUCUGUCUUCUACGGGAAGCACGUGGCUCGUCAGAGCUGGGCUAGGGAAGCUCGGUGCUGGCGACGAAGCGGGGGCCUUGGCCUGCAAUAGAUACGGAUGCUCAAAGGCUUUGCUGUUGAGGCCUAGUGAAACCCUGCUCAAAGCUGCCUCGCCCCCUUGGUGGAAUGUGCUAUUAUCGAAGGAGGUGUGCAUCCCACUGGUGGCUGCGGUUCUCCUUGUGUUGUUUGCUGCGUCCUCGGCGGCGGCGCUGCGGGCGGCACGGCGGGCGCGUACCAAGCCGCCCGUCAUACAGGUGCUACAGCUCGAUGACGUCACCAGGAACUUUCUAGACAAUCUACCUGAGCACAAGCUGCAAGCGUCGUGUAGUCUGCGGUCAUGCAGCAGCGGGUACUCGGAGGGCUCGCAGCGCUGGGGACCGCCGCCGCCCGACGUCACCCUCACGCUGCACAGGGAGAGCGCCGUGUGAACUGUACGCUUAGUGCGAGUUUUUUAACGUUCUCGAUAGCGUAAACGUUAACUGAAAUUUGUAUGGAGUUGGAACGUUUGCCUACUUUACGUUUUUUUUUACUUUUUACUUUGCCUUUUUUACCGGUGGCAGGACCUCUUGUGAGUCCGCGCGGGUAGGUACCACCGCCCUGCCUACUAAGCAGUAAUGCGUUUCGGUCUGAAGGGUGGGGCAGCCGUUGUAACUAUACUGAGACCUUAGAACUUAGAAAAUUUACGUUGUAGAUGUCUAUGGGCUCCAGUAACCACUUAAUACCAGGUGGGCUGUGAGCUCGUCCACCCAUCUAAGCAAUAAAAAAAUAUAAAUAAACGUUUACCGCUAGGGGCGCUUUUCCAAUUGCACACAAAUUUGAGUUAACUUUUACGCUAUCGAGAACGUUAAAAAACUAGCACUAACUGUUGCCCAGUGUUACGUAUCGAUGGCGUUAACGUACGCCACGAUUAUUGUGUAUCCCGGAACCCGAGAAGGAACCGGCCUUUGAGCGUGGGGCAGGGAUAGCCAAAUUUUUUUCUAAAUCGGUUUGCUUUUCGGCCACCCCGUUGUUUUUCAAUGGUUUUGUAACUUAAUCGUUUUGCUGUUGUAGACCGAGUUUUAUGUACGAAAACAGUAAAGGUCUCGUAAAAUGAACAAUGAAAAAACAACCAACUCGUCGUUUCAACAUAGGAAGUUUAUAAAUUAGCUCGUUUUGUUGUAUCAGCAUUCUGGGAAGAUAUCGCUAUGCUACUAUCAAUAUUCAAGAAAGACAUACUCCUCAACGAAUAAAGAAAGUUCUCGUGACAAAAAUAUAAAACUUAAAAAAAAAUAUAUCUGUCAAUUCGGACGUGUUCUUUGCACGUACAUUAUCAAAAUUCUGCGGACAUCUAACCUGUAAAAUCUGGAUUAUUUCAAAGUCAAGUUGUCACCCGCAUUAAACAUGUCCAGUGAAUGUUGUUAUAUUCACGAUCGGUCAGUUUUCACAAAAUAAACUCUUGAGAAUAAGCACUGAAAACCACCAGACAGUAUGCAUACUCUUCUAGCGCUGAUAAUAACUGUGAAGAGCUUAUCUACUUACUUCGAUCAUGCCUAAACGCGUAGCUACAAAUCUUACGAGCGCGCAGUUACAAAAUGCAAUAACAUUUUUCUCAGUCACGUUAAUAUUCAAGGUCAGAUUUAGUUGCUAAAUAGUUAAUUAAAAGUGAAAUUUAUUGUUGUUGUUAUUAAAUUCCGUAAUACUGCGACAGAUUAAUUAAAUGAAUUCGGAAGCAUUUGAGUCGUCUAUUAUCAAAGGUGGCAAUCUGUGCAUUUGGACAAAAAAAAAUUAUUGAUAUUUCAAUACAGAUUGAUUUGAAUAUAAUCGUCUCCUUCAAAGAAUAUGGUUCAAAACCUGCAUUUAAUAAAGGUUAAUACUUAACCUGUUAUUUAUCUAAGAUGUCGUUCAGAAGAGUUUUGUGACUGCCAAUGUCAAUAAUUCGUUUUUCUGAUUUACCAAUAAUUAUCCAAAAGUCACAUUGCCGGCUUUGAUAAUAGUCGACUUAUUUGGCAAAAUCUAGUUACAUACUGGUAUAAUAUCACCAUUAUAUUGGCAUAUAAGAAUAAACAAUAUAUUUUUUUUAAUUCGCCUUCUAGUCAAUUUGUUUUAAGGUAGGCGAUGUGCGUAUCUACUUAAUCCAAUAAAGUUCUGUUGAGAUAAGAUUUAAGUUCAAUUUUCUUCAGUAAACGACUCGUAAAUUAUAUUUUAAUGUGCAAUUUAUUUAAGCCUUACUUAAAUUCUUGAUAAGUUUAGAUAAUUGUCCGCCGAUAAUCUAAAUGAGACAAGAAUCCUUACGAAAAAAUAAUCCAAACGACAGUCAACCUGACAGGGAUACCUAUAGCAUGGAUUAAAAAUGGAUAUUUUAAUUCUAUGUGAAUAAUUACCAUUUAUAUUUUUGCAUUAGCACCCUUACCACAUUAUGUGUUAUGUUUUUUCAAUAGGAAACUCAUAGAAGUAAUAUGUUUACUCUAAGAAGAAACUACAUAAUGUUAAAAACUAUGCUAUGUAAGUUCUUUUUUUCUACGACAGAUGGCGUUUUUUUAAAUUUUUUUCAUGCAGACUUAUAAAUCGAAAACUAUUUUGAGACAAGUUAAAAAAUAAGACAAAUAAUACUUGAAUGUUUUAUUUAAAAAAUGAUCGAUGAUAUAAAGUUGGUAACUUCAAAUAUUGUUUUGCGCAGGUACGUGUAAGAUCUGCCCAUUACCAAUACCGCUUAUUACUACCGCGAAACAAACAACCGUAAUACCAUUCAAUAGACACUUCUCUAUCUCAUGUCAGGAGGCAGGUGUUCGCAUUCACAUUGACAUGUAUUGACAUGACAAUGCCCAAUUACCACUUCAUAACCGCGUGAGUUCGUUCACUCGUCUUAGUAAAAGCGAAUUAAAAUUGUCAUGAAAUUUAAUAGUGAAAACUUUUUUUUGUAGGUAAUACAAUGUCGUCUUUGACUUAAUUCUGCUAUGAUUUCUGUGCAAUAAUUAUGUAGGUUGUUAACUAUGGGCUUUCAGUUUAUUUUUCGUUUACAAAGUUAUUAUUUUUGUAUAAAUUAAAAUAUCUUGAUUUAUUUCCUAAAGCGGUGCUACUCUAUAAUGUAUGAAUUAAACAAAUAUGUUUCUUAUUCUUUUAAACUAAGACCAUUGAUUGAAAAGGAUUUUAAUGUAUGUAACAUAAAACAAUAAUGAAUUUGUCAAAUUUAUAUUGUAUUUUGAUAAAUUUAAUAACAUAAACUUUCGCAUUUAUUAUUGUUAAUGCAUUUAAAUGCAGAGAUACCUGCUUAUCAGAAAUAUAUGGGUAAGACAAUUUGUCUAUAACAUUAUUAACGUAGGUAUGUAAUUUAGUAUUUAAAAUGGUUUUGAAUAGAAUUAAGUUUAAUACAGAUUAUAACGUAAGAUUAAGAUGAAAAAUAAAUAAUUUUAAUCUA